AUGUAUUGUUUCUUGUUUGGCACUCCCACCUUGUCGUCGCUUCUCCUCCCCCACCACCUGUUGCCGCACCCUCCCGCCCACCUUGUCAUUGCCUCCCUCCCACCCACCUCGUCAUCGCCUCUCCCUCCCACCUUUCCAUCGCUUCUCCCUCCCACCCCGCCAUCCACUCUCCAUCCCACCCCGCCAUCCCCUCUCCCUCCUCCCCGCCGUCGCCUCUCCCUCCUCCCCGCCGUCGCAUCUCCCUCCUCCCCGCCGUCGCCUCUCCCUCCUCCCCGCCGUCGCCUCUCCCUCCUCCCCGCCGCCGCCUCUCCCUCCUCCCCGCCGUCGCCUCUCCCUCCUCCCCUCCGUCGCCUCUCCCUCCUCCCCGCCGUCGCCUCUCCCUCCUCCCCGCCGUCGCCUCUCCCUCCUCCCCGCCGUCGCCUCUCCCUCCUCCCCGCCGUCGCCUCUCCCUCCUCCCCGCCGUCGCCUCUCCCUCCUCCCUGUUGUCGCCUCUCCCUCCUCCCUGUUGUCGCCUCCGGCGACAGGUGCCCGGAGCGCAAGUGCGAAUUGGAGCGCGAGCGCGGGUUGGAGCGCGAGUGCGGGUUGGUGCGCGAGCGCGGGUUGGUGCGCCAGCGCGGAUUGUUUGCUCAGGCACCGUGGUUAUCAGGUGCGUCCCGGUCCUUUCAUCCUCCCUCCCCCCGCUGA